CUCGCGUGGUAGUGAUGAUGUCCUCCUUUCACCUGCAGAGUUCAGUAGAGUCGAGACAUUCCAAAUCACGUUUGAUUUGGAUUCUUCACACAGACGCUGAAGACUGUUGCGGAAGCUUUUGGGGAAUAUGACUGUUAUCGACAGGGGAAAAGGUGUAUUGUCGUGACGAACAGAAGAGGAUGAGCAUCAGGAGCAGGCUCGAGCCCUUCAAAAUCACUGUCAGAUCUGAAACCGCGCGCAAAGAGAGCCUUCUUCGCUUGCGUGUCAUAUUUCUCGAUGACAGUGAGCAUACUUUCGAAGUCGAGCAAAAGGCCCUUGGAAAUGAUUUCUACAACAAAGUGUGUGGCCAGCUGAGACUUCUAGAGAAAGAAUAUUUUGGACUUGAGUUUCGUCACCAGUGCGGUACUUUUGUAUGGCUGGAACUUCUAAAGCCUCUUGUAAAACAAGUUAAAAACAUCAGUGAUCUCUCCUUUCGUUUCAUUGUGAAGUUCUUUCCACCUGACCCUGGGCAACUUCAGAAGGAGCUCACCAGGUACCUGUUUGCACUGCAGAUCAAGCAGGAUCUGUCCAAUGGGAGUCUGACAUGCAACGAUAACAGCGCUGCUCUGCUUGUCUCCCAUCUGCUACAAGCUGAGAUUGGAGAUUUCGUGGAGGAGCUGGACAUGCAGCACCUGGAGGCUAAGAAGUAUGUCCCCAACCAGGAGUGCCUCCAGAAAAAGAUCCUGCGCUUCCACAAGAGACACAGGGGUCAGACGCCAGCGGAGGCCGAUGCCCAGCUGCUGGAGGUGGCACGCAAGCUGGACAUGUACGGCAUUCGGCCCCACGCCGCCAGCGACGGAGAGGGCACCAAGAUCAAUCUGGCUGUCACGCACUCCGGAGUUCUAGUUUUCCAGGGAAACCGGAAAAUAAACACCUUCAGCUGGGCCAAAAUCCGCAAACUGAGCUUCAAAAGGAAGCACUUUCUGAUCAAACUUCAUGCUAAAAUAGUGCCUUCCCAUAAGGACACCCUAGAGUUUGCGAUGGCCAGUCGUGACGUGUGUAAGGCCUUCUGGAAGAUGUGUGUGGAGUGCCAUGCUUUCUUCCGUCUGUCUGAGGAGCCCAAGACAAGGCACAAGUCUCUCAUCUACAGCAAGGGUUCCUGUUUCAGAUACAGUGGUCGGACCCAGAGACAGCUGCUGGACUGUGUAAAGAGAGGGGAGAGGAAAAACCUUCCUUUUGAGAGGAAGUACUGUAAGGUGCACUAUGACACCCGGCAAUGCAGAUCCUCCCCUGAUCUCCUCACAGACGUCUCCAAACAGGUGUAUGAGCAGUCCUGUGGCUUCCCCCACGCGGGCUGCGCCCAGAGCGCCAUGCGGAGCCAGUCCGCCACGGAGGUCCUGCUCUCCGCAGACCUGGACCGUCCCCCGACCCGGACUGCUGACCCCUCCCUCUUCGCCCAGUUCCGCUCGUCCUCCUUCUCCGGCGUCGAGAGCACGUCUGCGUCCACGGCCGCGUCGGCAUCUGCCGCCCUGCUCCCUGGCAUGGGCAUGCUCCCUGGCAUGGGCACGUUCCCACUGCGCUGGCAGGGGCAGGAGUGCCCGGGCCGCCACCACCACCGAGGCUGGGGCCCUGAUGGCGGGGUCCCUCAAAGGGGCCGUCUACUGGGCAACACGCAGCAGCUGGUGCUGCUCUACCCCAACCCCCACAGCCACCCCCACGCCUGCCUGGGGCUGCCCCCGAUGCUGCCCGUCCUACCCCUGCCCCUGCCCGCCCAGGCGGCCUUCUGUCUGGAGCACGUGCCCUGCGUGCUGCCUCUGCCCCCUAGCUCCUGCCACCACGUCCACCAUCACCACCAUCACCACCACCAUCAUCUCCACCCGCCGGCACCUGCGCACUCCCUGAUAGCCGCCACCGACGACGUCAUCCGCUCCUCCAGUUUCUCCAACGCCGGCACGCUCUCCCCCGCCAGGCGACAGCUCGCCCCAGCUUUCGGCUUGCCAUCGGGGCUGUUUGCGGUGACCAGCUGCGGCGGCAGUCCCGGCGGGGGACGUGAACGCGGACGUGGACGCGCCGGCAGUGGCAGCAGAAGCGGCGGAGGUGGCGGACGUCUUGAGUUCCCCCGCGAGGAGCUGGGCCACUUCAGCGACGACUCCAGCUACCAGUCGGGCCUGCCGCGGCGGUCCUGGAGCCAGUCUGACAUGAAGCUCCUGCGCCAGCCCGCGCCGGCCGCCGAGUUCCGGCCCCUGGGCCACUACCCGCACCUGUCCCGCCGGCAGGGCCCCGUGCGGCCCACCCACCUGCCCCUGCGCUCAUCCUCAGGCCCUGAGCGUCCCACUUCCGUGUGCUUGCUGGGAGCUGGAGGUAGAGGUGGCGGUGGCAGCCACGCUGAGCUUAGCCUCAGCGACUCGGACUCGGAGGUGAUGUGCCCGUUCUACUGCCCGGCACUGGCGGCUCUGGGCCAGGCGGGACCGUUGGCACGCAUGAGCAUCUCCUCAGGCAGCCUGCAGCUGGACGAGGAGGAGGAGCAUUCGGCCAGGGUGAGGGAGGCAGAGGGGGCAGGGGCAGGGGCAGGGGCCAAACAGAAAGCUUGACGGGCAGGUCUGAGAUGUCUCCUGUUGGAGCAAGGCUCAAGAGCACUCGAGCACAGCCAGAUCAGCGUGAAGAUGAGUUUUUGUGAUGAAAACCCUAAGACACUGGUUUUGUUCGACUGGAUACUGGUCACCUCAGAUAACUCUCGGGCCAGGUCAUGGCCGGUGUUCCUGGGCUGUGAUCUGUUAGAUGCUCCUUUCUGAGAACACGGAGAUGUUAAGUGUUAAGUUCAGAUGCUAUUUGCAUUGCACUGGGUUAUCUUGAUUUUGCUACUCAGAAACCUCAGUAAAUAUUGUAUUUGUUCAUUAAUUGUACAUGUCUGAAUUGGUAAGUGUGUAGUUUGUCUGUAGGAAUAUGAACUCGUUGGGAAUAACAUUUGUCUGAUUGAAGUCAAGGCUUCUGCAGGUUAUCCAGCAGGGAUAACAAGUGCUUGUGCAAAUAGAUAUAAAAGAUUAGUUUCAAAAAGACUAAUUUAGAGAGCUGAUUUUUGGUGCAGUGUACAAAAACUCUGACUAAAUUAUACAGUAGGAGAAAAUUGUCUCACGUGUAUAUUACAAUGUGCUCUUUAUCUUGGGAGAUGAAUAAUUUAAAAAGGUUAUUCAGAACAGAACAUUUCCACUAGAUAUCA